AUGGCAGGCAUUAUUUCGGCCGCCAAUAUGGGCGGCGUCGCCGAUCCUCGCCUCGGUGAUGAAGCUGAUAUCAUUGGCACCGAAGAAGAGCACCACCAUGUCUCCAAGGAGGAUCAGGAUAUUCCCCCUCAAUACGAUGGCCUUCACGCGCACAACAUUCCCGCUCCCUUGCUGCAAGGAAAGGAUUCGAUCUACCUGGACUCCAGCAUUACCUUCGAAAACUACGUCUUCUGGGCCAGUCGGUCACGCGAAUACGAGAAGCACAUCCGGACCGAUGACAAGGGUUUUUCGCAAUGGGCCAGCAUGCUCAUUGGGAAGAAGCCCAAAGACACGCCGGAACCGACGGCGCCGACGGCACCCUCUCUUUCCGAGAACACGGAUGAGAAGAAGACAGAUCCUUCUACCAACGCCGCCGCGAGCAGCGACGGAACCGACAACUACGGUGUUACCGAGACAGAGUGGGAGCAGGCACAGAGAGCCGCCCGUACGGCCACUUGGGGUUCGAUCUUCUAUCUGAUCACCACCGAUAUUCUGGGUCCGACCAACGUCCCCUGGGCCAUUAGUCGUAUGGGCUACGGGCCCGGUUUCGCCCUCUAUACCGCCUUCGGUGUCAUGGCUGCUUAUUCCGGUAUGCAGCUGUGGAAAAUCUUCGUCGGCCUGGACUCGACCCGGUUCCCCAUGCGCAACUAUGGCGAUGUUGCAUUCCGCAUUUUCGGCAGCUGGGCCCGUAUCGGAGUCAACGUCCUUCAGAGCUUCCAGUUCUUCCUGAAUGUGGCUCUGUUGAUCACGAGUAACGGACAGGGUCUGGCGCAGAUGGCGCAGGGCCAGAAUGGCAAAGGCUUCCUCUGCUUCAUUGUCGCCGAAGUCAUCUUCAUGGUCAUCGGUUUUAUUCUCGGCCAGAUCCGUACCCUGCAGCGUCUGUCCUUCCUAGCCAACAUCGCUAUCUGGUUGAACGUCAUCGUCAUUAUCAUGACCAUGGCCGUCGUCCACCAAUACCCUCCCAACUAUCCGGCCGUGCAGGCCAGUUACCCUACCAUCACGAAGGGUCCCGUGGUGACCAGUGCCAACUGGCCCUCCAGCUCUACCAUGAACGACAAGGUCACCGCUAUGAUGAACGCAGUCUUUGCCUACGGUGGCGCGACCCUGUUCAACGAGCUCAUGGCCGAGAUGAGACGGCCCUAUGACUUCUGGAAGGGAUUCAUCUGUGCCGAGAUCUUCAUCUACUCCUGCUAUCUGAUCAUGGGUAUGGUCGUCUACAGUGCCCAGGGCCAGUUCACCUUCAACCCCGCCUACCAGGGUAUCCCCGACUCGGCCUACCGCUUCCAGACCCUCGGCAACGCAAUCUCAUUCAUCACCGGUGUUAUUGCAGCCCUGCUCUACGGAAACAUCGGUAUCAAGGUCUUCUACUCCGCCGUCCUCCGCGACGUCUUCCACUUCCCCCUCUGGAAAGCCGUCUCGGCAAUUCCGGUAUACUGGGUUCUCGCCUGGAUCGUUGCCGCCGCCAUUCCCCAAAUCAGCAACCUGACAUCCUUCGUCGGCGCAGCCUGCAUCCUGCAAUUCUCCUACACCUUCCCCCCCAUGCUGCUGGUCGGAUACAACGUGCAGAAGGACGCAAUGCUUCCCGAGGAGCACUUCAACCCGCAAACCGGCGUAGCCGAGCGCGUGGAUAACGGUAUCAAGCGCUGGAUCCGCGGUUACAAGAAGAAGUUCGUGUGGAACACCUUCGAUGUCAUCUACUCUCUGGCUGCACUGUCUGCUGCUGGCCUGGGUAUCUGGGCUUCUGUUACCUCGAUGCAAGCUUCUUUCGCGGAUUCUGCGCUUACGCCUUUCACUUGCGCCAACCCUGCUGGUUAA